CAAUUCCCGUUGAUUAUGGCAGGCGUAAUACUUUCUAGCUCACUUCGUUGGCCAAGUACAUCGCACUCGAACAGGCGCAGUGGCAAUCAGUCGCUAAGUUGGAUCCGAGCCGCAAUGUCAAACAAUUUUGUGGGACCUAUGUUGCUCGUAACAAUCCUGUUCAGCAUCGCACCGCAGGAGCUACUGGCACGCAAUUUAACCUGUACCGAGAAACCGGAAGCAUUCUGGCAGGACCAACCGGAAUCGUGGUGCCUGAUUGAGGAUGUGGAUCUGGAGGAAUCGUCCGAGGACAUCAAUUUCCCGGAAGUGCCGAAGAUCUAUCUGAGGAAUUUCAAUGUUUCGUAUCUGUCGCCGACUUUGCUGUUCAAAAUGAAAAGCGUUCAACAUUUCACGGUAGAGCACUGCACUAUGACGAAACUGUUCAUGAAACCUACGCUGAGUAGCAUGGAGAUCAAGAACAGCGAUAUAUCGGAGGUGAUAAUCGAUAAGGACAGCAACUAUGAGCUGUUGAACUUCAGCUUGGAGGGCAUCUACCGGAAAACGUUUCCGAACAAUUUCAUCCGGCUGACUCAUCUGGAGGAGUUAUCGAUUCGGCAUAACGACCUCCCUAAGUUUAACAUGAGGCAGUUGAACGGUUUGGUGAAGCUGAAAACGUUGGACUUGAGUUACGACAAGGUCGAGCAAUUGCUCAUUCCGGAAGCGUUGAACCUCCCAAACCUGAAGGAGUUGUAUCUAGCGGAAAACCAUCUACAGAAGUUACCGAUCAGCAUUCGUCGGUUGAAGACCUUGGAAAGUUUGAACUUACAUUCAAAUCAAAUAGCGUUCCUAGAGAUGAGCCACUUCAACGGGUUGAAUAAUCUAAAAAAGCUGGUCCUAAGCGGAAACAAAUUGCAGAUCAGUACCAUGGAGCCGGUUCAUUUGCCAAGUUUGGAGAAGCUGGAAAUGAUAGGAUGCGGACUAAAGGAGUUGGACAUGCUGUACUGGAAGCUGCCUGCGUUGCGAUACUUCAACGUGUACGACAACAGCCUAGUGGCAAUCAACAAUUUUCCGGAAAGUUUCACCAAAGAGCUCGUUUUCGUUCCGGUUGGGAAUCGCUGGAGUUGUUUGAAGCUGGAGGCGAUCAGCAGCAAAGUGACGAUCAAGGUGAAGGAACGGGACCACUACUGUGAACAUAAGGUGGCGGAUAUUUGUUGCAACGGCGGUAACAUCGACUUCAAUUUGGUUGACACCUUGGAUCGGAAGGUUCAAAUGUUGAAGUUCCAAAACUCGAUUCUCUACGAAAAACUGGAAAUGACCAAUGAGAAGCUGGAAAAGGUGAUUGGUGUCGUGGAUCAGCGGGUCGUCUGAAGAUGACGGUACAAUAGCUAUCGAUUGCAUUGUGUGAAAUUUUAUUAGCGGAAAAUAAAAUGUGCAGUUUACAAGA